CUCCACUCAGCUCACUAUAAACUGCGGAAAUCAUAUCAUCCUGUCGGAAGGGAUUGGAAAUACGACGAGAUGGUCCAAUCCCCAAAGGAUCUACCGAUUCUUGUCCACCUGGAGACUCAUGCGCAACCCGGGGCGAUGCAUUUUAAAUUACAUCUGCAGCACUAAGGCGGGACAUCGAGAUUGGACUCCUCUCUGCUUUGCCUUCCUUUUUUGUUUUCGAUCACAAUCCCUCGGCUUCAUCAAGAAAUGGUUGAUAACCCCCUCAAUCUUCCCUGUCCGAAUAUGCCGGAACUAGUAAAACUUCAAGUUGCAAGUCGUCCACUCUCCCAUACCAAUUCUAAUGUCAUAGAAAUCAGAUAUACCAAUUGCGAAUGCCAUUGUUGUCUUUUCUUCAGUGCGGUUCCAGCCCCCAUCCCUUGGGUGACUCAGUGGAGCAUCCACUGCUUCCAGAGCCGUGGGACAAAAUAUCCCUCGGUAAUUAUUUCCCUGCGGUGUAACCCAAGAGGCAAUGGAUUUAUGAUAUACCAGCCAAGAAUGGAAACCCCCGUGACAAUGCAGUGCUGUGAGCUCUAUUCAGUCCCAUUGCAGCCUAACCAACUUUAUCCUUCUGCGCUGGAUACUCACUUGGGUUUAGUGCCCAGUGAUCUUCGGCCGAAGUAUAAACGACUGAACUUUCCUUACCUUUGCCUCACCCUGGGCUCAAGUUGUCAUUCAACAAAAAUCAACGCUAUCUCAUGAACCCCGCUGCAGAUCAUGCAUGCUCAACAAAUUAGCUAUGGUCCAUGAUUUUGGUCACGGAUUCUUACUUUGACUCAUCCCCAGGGGUAACAGGUCUGUCGUCAGAAAUUUUGGUGUCCAAUCAAGUGAUAUUAAGAAAAGAUCACACAAGUUUUUAGAUUUCAAUCUCAUAGGGAACGCUAUAUACCAAAACGCUGGAUCAAAGUGUCUCGAAGAAACGAAGAACUGAAUGAC